AUGCAUUUCGCUACUCUCCUUGCCGGCGUCUUGGCUGCCACUGGAGUUGCAGCCCACCCGGGCCACGACCACUCCAAGGAGGUCGCAGAGCGUCGAGAGUACCUCCAACACAACCGCCGAGAUCUCAGCCACUGCGCUGAAAAGAUGAAGCGCAGCGGCCUCUCAGCACGCAAUGCCAAGAGACGUGCCAAGAGAACCCUUGAGCUCGCCGCUGAGAGGGCGCCCAACUCGCUGGCAUUAAAGAAACGCCAGAUCGAGGAGUUCCUUCAGAUCGACCACCAAUCUUCGGAGAAUUACACCUUGGAUACGGCCCCCGCCGAUCUCUUCUCCGGGAGCAACUUCUGCGUCCUGACACCCGAGGUCACCGAGGGCCCUUACUACGUCAGUGGGGAGUAUGUUCGGGACAACAACAUUGAAGACCAGGAAGGCGUCUUCCUUGGUCUGGAUACCCAAGUUAUUGAUAUCAACACCUGUGAGCCCGUUUCCGGAGUCUAUGUCGAGAUUUGGCACUGCAACUCUACUGGCGUUUACGGUGGCGUUGUAGCUCAGGGCAAUGGAGUCGGCUCAGCUGAUCCCUCGAACAUCGACAAUACAUUCCUCCGCGGAGUCCAAAAGUCCGAUGAAGACGGCGUCGUAACCUUCUCGACCCUCUUCCCCGGUCACUAUACCGGCCGAACCACCCAUAUCCACGUCAUGGUCCAUGCCAAUGCCGAAGAGCUAGCCAAUGGCACUCUCUACAGCACUCAGGCCACCCACGUCGGCCAAGUCUUCUUCGACCAGAGCCUUAUCGAGACCGUCGAGAAACUCGCUCCAUAUAACACAAACACCCAAGAGCUCACCACUAACGAGGCUGACUCCAUCCUAGCCGAGGAAGCCGCUACUGGUGUUGACCCUAUCGUUAGCUACGUGCUCCUCGGUGAAUCUGUCGGAGACGGCUUGCUCGCCUGGUUGGGCUUCGGUGUCGACACCAACUACAUCAGGAAUGUCAGCGCAGCGUCUACUCACUUCGAAGAUGGUGGUGUCGCCAACGAAAACGGCGGCGGGUUUCCUGGCGGUGAGGGUGGUUUUCCUAGCGGUUUUCCCGGUGGCCCGAACGGAACCUUUCCCACUGACCUUCCAAGUGGUGCUCUGCCUAGCGGUGCUCCUCCUGAUGGCACUCUAGCCAGCGACGUUCCCACCGAGAGUGUUCUCGCGAGUGAUGUUGCUCCCAGCGGUCUGCCCAGCGGCGUCCAUCCUAAUGGUCCUCGACCCAGCGGCGCCAGACCCAGUGGAGCCGCCCCGAAUGGCCCUCGACCUAGCGGUGGGCCUAAUGGCGCUCUACCGAGUGGUGCUCCUCCGAAUGGUCCCCGACCCAGCGGCAUCCCCGAGGGCUUUCCCACUGACCGCCCUAGCGCGGAGGCUAUCGAGGCUAGCCAUGCCCCCGAUGGUUCUUGUCAGCGCAAUCCUCGCAAGCAUUAA